CAGUGAGGGUUGGCAUGCGGCCUCAGAAUGUUCCUCUGCCACCCAGGCCAGCCUCCUUUGCACUUGGUUCUGUUCACCUUGAAAUGUGGGGUGGAGCUGAGAUCUGCCAUUUGGGGCUUGGAACUCUACAUUUUAUCAGACUGUUCUACUAAUUUUCAUGGCAGUCAAGGCCAGACCAACAUGACCUUUUUUUGUCUCUGUUUUGUCUGGAGCAGGGAUCCCUGGUCUUCCUGGAUGGAACAAGAAGAUAAGCAGGGUGUGUGUGAAACCCAGGACCUGGAGGAUAAAGAGAUGGGCUCCGAUUUUGAGAACUCUGAGGACAGGGAAGAGGACCCAGAAGAAAGAGGAACACAGGACACAGAUGAGAGAGAGGACCACCUGGAGAAAGAGAUGGGCUCCAGCCCCCAGGAUGAAGAUCUACGAGGGGUCUCAGAGGAGAGGGAGAUGGUGCCCAACAUCUGCACCGAGGAUCUGCUGAGUGAGGAAGAAGGGGCUGCUCUCCGGGAGGAAGAGGAUGACCAGCCUGGUGUAGCUGAUUUGGCAAUGUUCCCAAGACUGUCUGAGUCUGACAGCAUAUCCCGGAGCCCCCAGGAAGAGGAGGAGGAGAGUGUAGGGGAGAACCGGCUGGAGAAGGACGAGGAGCAGCCGCCCGCUCCCGUGCUUCCCUGGAGGCGGCACCUCUCUCUGGGGAGUUGGCACCGGGGCGACAAGCCUGCCCAUCGCCGCUUCCGCCGGCUCCACCACCCCAUGGCCAUGGAUCUCGGGGAGCUCGACAGCCUGGUGGCCAGCAUCAUGGACGCGCCCACCAUCUGCCCCGACUGUGGGGAGAGCUUCAGCCCUGGCACUGCCUUCCUGCAGCACCAGCGCAUCCACCGCCUGGCAGAGGCGGCCGCCGUAGCCGGCUUGGAGCCCUUUGGCUUCACCGGGGAGUGUGGCGCAGUGGUGGGGAUGAUGGGAGUGGGCGUGACUGGGGGCUUCCGGGCGGGGCCCGCGCUGGCCCGGCCCCCCGGCGAGAAGCCCUUCCGCUGCGGAGAGUGCGGCAAGGGCUUCAGCCGCAACACGUACCUCACCAACCACCUACGGCUGCACACGGGCGAGCGACCCAACCUGUGCGCCGACUGCGGCAAGAGCUUCAGCUGGCGCGCCGACCUGCUCAAGCACCGGCGCCUGCACACGGGCGAGAAGCCCUACCCUUGCCCCGAGUGUGGCGAGGCCUUCAGCCUCAGCUCCCACCUGCUGAGCCAUCGCCGCGCACACGCUGCGGCCAGCGGCGCGGGGGCGGCGGCACUGCGGCCCUUUGCUUGUGGGGAGUGCGGCAAGGGCUUUGUGCGCCGCUCGCACCUGGCUAACCACCAGCGCAUACACACGGGCGAGAAGCCGCAUGGAUGCGGGGAGUGUGGCAAGCGCUUUAGCUGGCGCUCAGACUUGGUGAAGCACCAGCGCGUGCACACAGGCGAGAAGCCCUAUAUGUGCUCCGAGUGUGGCGAGACCUUCAGCGUGAGCUCGCACCUCUUCACGCACAAGCGCACGCACUCGGGCGAGCGGCCCUACGUGUGCCGCGAAUGCGGCAAGGGCUUCGGCCGCAACUCGCACCUGGUGAACCACUUGCGUGUACACACGGGCGAGAAGCCUUUCCGCUGCGGUCAGUGCGAGAAGCGCUUCAGCGAUUUCUCCACGCUUACGCAGCACCAGCGCACGCACACGGGCGAGAAGCCUUACACAUGCAUCGAGUGUGGCAAGAGCUUCAUCCAGAGCUCACACCUGAUCCGUCACCGCCGCAUCCACACCGGCAACAAGCCGCACAAAUGCGCUAGCUGCGGCAAGGGCUUCCGCUACAAAACGCACCUAGCGCAGCACCAGAAGCUGCACCUGUGCUAG